UCUCUAAAAAAAUUGCAGAAAGUUGCAAAUGAUUUGAAGCUUCUUUGUUUGGUCCUGGUUUACCAAAAGAUACUUCUAUAUCAGAACAUUCAUGGGUUUGACCAGAAAAAGAACACGUAAACCAAGCCUUGCCGACGUAUCCUGUCUCCGACCAAAUCCAGAUCUCAAAAGCAAAAAAAAAAAACAACCACCAAUGGCGUCUGAGAACAACGAGCCCAGAUCCGAGGAAAUGCCGAGGAAGAUAGCACUGGUCACCGGAAUCACCGGCCAAGACGGAUCGUACCUCACCGAGUUCCUCCUCGAGAAAGGCUACGAAGUCCACGGCCUGAUCCGCCGAUCGUCCAACUUCAACACGCAGCGGAUCAACCACAUCUACAUCGACCCCCACAACGCCGACAAGGCUCUGAUGAAGCUCCACUACGCCGAUCUCUCCGACGCGUCCUCCCUCCGCCGCUGGAUCGACGUGAUCAAGCCCGACGAAGUCUACAACCUCGCCGCGCAGUCUCACGUCGCCGUCUCCUUCGAGAUCCCUGACUACACCGCCGACGUGGUCGCCACCGGCGCUCUCCGCCUCCUCGAAGCCGUCAGAUCUCACACCGUCGACAGCGGUCGCACCGUCAAGUACUACCAGGCCGGAUCUUCGGAGAUGUUCGGAGCCACUCCGCCUCCGCAGGCCGAAACGACGCCGUUUCACCCCAGAUCUCCCUACGCAGCGUCCAAAGUCGCUGCGCAUUGGUACACCGUUAACUACCGCGAGGCCUACGGUCUCUUCGCGUGUAACGGGAUCUUGUUCAACCACGAGUCGCCACGUCGCGGAGAGAACUUUGUCACGAGGAAGAUCACGAGAGCCUUGGGGAGGAUCAAGGUGGGUUUGCAGAGGAAGCUCUUCCUCGGGAACCUCCAGGCUUCGAGAGACUGGGGGUUCGCGGGGGACUACGUGGAGGCGAUGUGGAUGAUGCUGCAGCAGGAGAAGGCGGAUGAUUACGUGGUGGCCACGGAGGAGUCGCAUACGGUUGAGGAGUUUCUCGAGGUUUCGUUUGGGUACUUGGGGCUUAACUGGAAGGAUCAUGUGGAGAUUGAUAAGAGGUACUUUAGGCCGUCUGAGGUUGAUAACUUGAAAGGAGAUGCGAGCAAGGCCAAGGAAGUGUUGGGGUGGAAGCCCAAAGUGGGGUUUGAGAAGCUUGUGAAGAUGAUGGUUGAUGAAGAUCUUGCGCUUGCUAAGAGGGAGAAAGUUCUUGUUGAUGCUGGUUACAUGGAUGCUCAGCAGCAGCCUUGAUUCAGAUUCUGAUUCGAAAUUUUCUGUCUUUUUUUUCUAAAAAAAUAUUUAUUUUUUGCUUUUAAUGGUUUGUUUUGUUGUGUCUUGUCGUUUUAUUAAGUUAUAUCCAAUUUGUUUCCCUCAAUGAGUUGAGGAUGAAGCAAUAGUGAGUUUUGUAUGGAAGGGGUUAGAGGAAGGACGUCCUCUGUUCUUUCUAGUCUUUGUAUCUCCUAAAGCUUCAUCAAACAAAAUUGUCUCUUUUACUUUUCCCUUGA